AUGUCCCGCCUAGUCCGCACUAUCCUCUUCCUCUCUCCUCUCCCUUUUGCAGGCGCUGUAGUAUACACCUACGCCUCCCGCAAACUCGCAAAAGACUUUCCAGACAUCCCCAUCCAGCAACUGCCAGAGGGGUCGUUCACCCGGCGCAUAAUGGAGGAGUCAAGCGCGCGCGGGCUGGCGCGAUGGGGACGUGAGGGAUCCGGAGACAAGGAUCGACCGCUGUACGCAGCGUACACUGAUAUCUACCAAACUACCAUCCCCCGUUCCUCUCUCGAGUCAUACGGCGCCCGCCUACUCGAAGGCCCCCUCUCCCGCAAAGCCUACGAAACAGACUCCUUCACCCACGCGUUCCUCAACAGCGGGCUCAUGUCCCGUCACCGGAGGCUCAUGUCCACAAAACGGGAUGAGAGGGAACAGAGGGGGGUGUUCGAGCCUGGACAGGAGGCCAUGGGUGGGACGAUGUGGGUCCUCCGAUCUACUGCUGGGGACUCUUCUGCUCCGACCGCGCCGAGUACGACAGCCGCGCAAAGGCAGAGUGCGCUGGACAGCCUUCCCCCAGACGUGCAACCUCCGUCCUCUGUUCCCUCAGCAACAGGCGCGCCAAACGGGAUAGGCUCAACAGUAUUCUUCUGGCGCAUGCCAGCUUCCAUCGUCAGCACAUGCGACACCCUCGCUUCCUACGGCUAUCCCUGGCGGUUCAUGCUCGGGGGGUAUCACGAGCUGCUGGUCGAGGAAGCCCAAGCCCCUUCGGCCAAGACUGAAGCUGGUGCUGGUGCCGGUGCUGGUGCUGACGAGCCGAUGCUGAGAGUGACGUUCACUUCUGCGCACGUGUAUGAAAGGCUUCAGGGGGACGGGAAGACGAUCCCGGGGUUUGGGAGAGCGAUGCAUGCUUUGUUUGGCAGGGCGUUGUUGGCUAGUGCUAAGCGGAGGAUCGAGAGCUGUUAA